CUCGGACUGUGCCCGCCGAAGCCGAACUGCGUCAGCACCGCGGAGGAUCUGAACGACGACAGCCACUUCGUGCCGUCGUGGACGUACAACCCGGAAGAACGCGCGAGGAACCCGGUGUCGCAGAAAGAAGCCAUGGCCGAGCUUCUGGACGUGGUCAACAACACAGACUGCGACGGGUUCGAGGUGAACAUCGUGACGAAACUGGACGACUACCUGUACGUCGAGUACAAAGACCCGAGGCUCGGGUUCAUCGACGACGUGGAGUUCUUCUUCGAGCCGGGCGAGUUCUCCCGUGUUGCGUAUCGGACUGCAGGGAGAGUGGAGAGCCCGAACAACGCGAAGACGCAGCGCGCGAGGAUCAAGACCUUGAGGCUGGCGCUCGAGAAGAAGAAGUGGAAGUCC